AAAUGCCCUCUUAUCUUCUUCAAGUUUUCAUCAUCAUAUCAUAUCCAACAUUGCUUACAGCUGUAAGUAACAAUUAACGUAUUACAUAACCCUUUUUUGUUUAAAACCCUGCAACCUUUUUCUCCCAUCAAUAUGGCUUUGAUCGGUGUUCCCGCUAAUCAUAUUAAGCUUAGGAAAACGCUUUCGUUCGAGAAGAAACCUUUGAUGCUCAAAGAUUUCCUCCUAAGAGACGAUCUGAGUUCCUGCUCUUCUAGUGGUUUCAAAUCGUUUCCACGUCAACGUUGCUGCACCACCGUCAGGUUUCUUCUCGAGGCCGAGUUGAAGAAAUCCAAAGAUAAUUACUCAAGCACCACUAAACGGCUUCUUUUCAGAAGCUGUUCGAAACCAGGUGCCGCCACCAUUUCAGCUCUGCAAAGAGCUUCAGAAGUUGUUCUUAACGCCGUCAAGCUACUCCCUUUUCCUUCCGUCAAGUCAUCAUCUUCAUCGUUGUCGAUGAAAAGAAACAGUUCCAGGAAAGUGCAUUUUACCAGGAAUUUUUCAAGGAAGCUCUUGAAAAGAAGCUUUUGGAGAAAAGCUGACAAGGAAGAUCAUCAGGGUGAGAUCAGACGCUGCAAGUUGUUCCGUGAAUUUCUUGAAGAGAAAAAUGAACCGUCCGAUCAGAAUACGACUACCAAAGUCAGUACCACCGACACAUCCUCCUACUCCUCAACAACCAUUACUGCCAGUAGGGUCUCCUCCAACACAAGCAGUAACAGCUGGGCAGAAAGUGAAUUUACUGCGGAUGUUUUACAGACUUGGAGCAGUAAUUCAGAGAGGUCGAGCCAAAACGACAUCGUUGAGGCUGAAACAAGUUUACCCCAGAAGGAAGAAGUCAGCAAUACAGUGGGUGAGGAUUCCAUCAACUUCACAAAGGAACAGGAUUGGCCAAACGAGGAAGGAAAGGAACAGUUUAGUCCAGUGUCUGUUCUAGAUUGUCCCUUCCAUGAUGAAGAAGAAGAUAAGAGCUCUCCUUUCCAAGAUGGCUUACCCCAUGUGGAAGGGACGAAACAAAAGCUCAUGCCAAAGGUUCGAAGGUUUGAGAGCUUGGCUCAGCUGGAGCCAGUGGACUUGGAGAAACGAAUUGCAAUGGCAGAGCUUGAAGAUGAAUCAUCACUCCUCCGCUCAGUCUCUGUCAACAACAAUGGCAUGUCUGAAGAGAAACUGCUUAAGUUACUGAAAGCGAAAUUCCCAUCAGAGAUUUUCAAGUUUAGGGCUGAUAAUCUAUUGUUAGAUUUCUUUUGGGAGACAUUCAUUGUGGAAGAUAAAGGCGAACGACAUGACAUGGGGUUUAAAGAUUUUGGGGUCAAAUCUUUGAAGGUGGUAGAAGAUUGGGUUAAUGGGAAUUCUCAGGAAUUUGUUUUAGGAUGGGAGUUGCAUGAAGGCAGAAGAGCAUACCUGAAAGAUAUGGAAAGAAAUGAAAACUGGAGAAACUUCAAUGAAGAAAAAGAAGAUGUAGGAUCAGCUCUAGAGCUUGAGCUUUUCAGUUCGCUGGUGGAUGAAGUAUUAACUGAUCUCUUUUGACAUUGAUUUUGUUGAGGGAAUGCUGUUUUGGUCGGACAAAGUGGAAUGUUGAUCAGGCGAAUCUUUAAAAUCAGAAAGUUCGAAUACGGUUAGACUUGAUUCUACGACCUAUGACAUAUAUCAUUUGUGGAGAAAAUGAUACCGCUUGAGCUAAAUGGUCUGUAUGCCAAAAGUUAUGAGGUUGAGUUCAACUGUGCUCAAACUUUUUCAAUUUUCAAGAUUUGUCUAUUCAAGCAUUCUGAGAUUGAAAGACAGAAUCCCCACCCAAAAUAAUACAUUCCGACCCUCAUCAGAUUUCUGUAGUAAGGUUUAAGACAUGAAUCAAGGUGGUUUUUCGUCAUUUGAAAGCUGCGAUGUUUGAAUGACUAAAGCCACCUUGUAGAAGAAAAUUUGAGCUGUAUUAUUGGAUUUAUUUUUACUCCCAUUUUUCUCUUUUCUCAAGAGAACAAUAUUAGGAAAAUUUGUGAAACAACCGAUUCUCUCUUUAGCUGUUCUUUUAAAGGGAAAUCAGCCAUUUGCAGACAAUGGUUUGUUAUCGCUAAUAUGGAGAAAUAUAGAGUUUUGUUUUUCGCUAGAA